AUGGCACGCAAGAAGAUCAGAGAGUACGACUCCAAGAGAUUGUUGAAGGAGCAUUUCAAGAGGUUUUCUGGUCGCGAUUUGCCCAUCAAAUCUGCUCAAGUGACGGAAUCGACUGAUUUCAAUGAGCUAGCAGAGAAAGAACCUUGGUUGUCAUCAACAAAACUGGUUGUAAAACCUGACAUGCUGUUUGGGAAACGCGGGAAGAGUGGUCUUGUUGCUUUAAAUCUGGAUUUGGAUCAAGUUGCUGAGUUUGUCCAACAACGUCUUGGCAAAGAGGUAGAAAUGGGCGGAUGCAAAGGACCUAUUACAACAUUCAUCGUUGAACCCUUUAUCCCCCACGACCAAGAGCUCUAUCUAAACAUUGUCUCCGAGAGACUUGGAUGCAGCAUCAGCUUUUCGGAAUGCGGAGGAAUUGAAAUUGAAGAGAACUGGGAUAAGGUUAAGACCAUAUUUGUUCCAACAGGGACAACAUUCACGUCCGAAGUUCGUGCUCCACUUGUUGCGACCCUUCCUUUGGAGAUAAAAGGAGAAAUUGAGGAGUUCAUUCAAGUAGUUUUUGCUCUUUUUCAAGAUCUUGACUUCACUUUCCUAGAGAUGAAUCCUUUCACUUUUGUUGAUGGAAAGCCCUAUCCCUUGGAUAUGAGAGGCGAGCUGGACGACACUGCAGCUUUUAAAAACUUCAAAAAGUGGGGCAACAUUGAAUUUCCAAUGCCAUUUGGAAGAGUUAUGAGCCCUACUGAAAGCUUUGUUCAUGGCCUAGAUGAAAAGACAAGUGCAUCUUUGAAAUUCACUGUACUGAAUCCAAAGGGGCGAAUUUGGACCAUGGUGGCUGGAGGAGGUGCAAGUGUCAUUUAUGCUGAUACGGUCGGAGAUCUUGGCUAUGCUUCUGAGCUCGGGAACUAUGCAGAAUAUAGUGGAGCCCCCAAUGAAGAGGAGGUGUUGCAGUAUGCCAGAGUUGUAAUUGAUUGUGCAACUUCUGAUCCUGAUGGCCAUAAGAGAGCCCUUGUAAUUGGAGGAGGAAUUGCUAACUUUACUGAUGUUGCUGCUACAUUUAAUGGUAUAAUUCGAGCCUUGAAGGAGAAGGAAUCGAAGCUGAAAGCAGCAAGGAUGAAUCUAUAUGUGAGAAGAGGAGGUCCUAAUUACCAGAGGGGCCUUGCAAAAAUGAGGGCACUGGGAGAGGAAAUUGGAAUCCCAAUUGAGGUUUAUGGGCCCGAAGCAACAAUGACUGGCAUAUGCAAACAGGCAAUCCAGUGCAUCUCCGCAGCUGCAUAA